AUGUCUGACAUUGCUUAUGCUCAGCAUGGCCCGGUAGAGAAUGCACAGAGACCAGAUAUUUUUUCUAAGAUAUUUGGCAGCUUGUUUACAUUCUCAGCAAAUUCUCCAGCAACUACUAGUGCUAGAACUCGUACGAGUUUUUGGGAAAACGUCAAAACCAUGUUCAAUCAAGCUCAAGCCUCUAUCUUUCCUCCAAAUCUUGAUUUUAGACGCAGUGACGAGGCUGUGGGUCAUGGAGGUGUUACUGGAACUGCAGAGAAAAUGAAAGAAGGUGCUGCAAAGAGUGUGGAGAAGGGCAAAGCAACAGUGGAGAAUUCAGCAAGAACAGCCGCAAGAGUAGCAAGUGAAACUGUACAAAAGAUAAAGGAGAAGGUCAAGAGAACCGCGUCUGAUCACAAGACAGGGACACGGACUCAUGAUGAGCUUUGAUCAAUCUACCUGAGCUCAUCACAGCUACUUUUCCUGCCUGUAUAUAUACAAAUCCUCUUUCAUUGCAUCUACAUACGAUGCAUCCAAGUUUCAUUUUUAGUGCAAUGGAUUCUAGUUUGUGAUCCAAUUUUGAUUGAUGAAUUUCAUUUCUUUCCA